CAUUGGUCAACUUGCGUGGGUUGGGGUAACCCGCUGAACCCCAAAGUGUGCUCUUGUUCAAUCUGCAUAUGUCUUUUGCGUGAUGUUUGGCAAAAAGUCAAAUAUCAAUAAUAAGAUCUCCAUCAGCCCGUUGUUCAAAUGCCUCCCUUCGUUGAACUAAUGCAACAUUAUUUAGCUUACGUAACUCCCUAAAUGUGAAUAGCAGAGCUGACAGCUCAACCAAACCGGCAAGUCAUGCCGAUGCUUCGCAUUUAUAAUGCUAAUCCACAUGCAUAAUAGACCAGCCAAAUUCAAUUAUUGCCUGGCAGGAUGCUCUGUGUGCGGUGACGGAUAUGAAUAAUAAUGAGACGCUAAUUUGUGACAUUGACGACAUGGAUGGUGGUACUGUAGGCCGUGGGAAUGUGGGGAUUGUGAUGGUAUGACAUCCUCCGAGCUGGUCUCAUGGUUCUGGUUAUGACCUUGACCAGAGAUAUGUUUGACUUUUACAGGUCUCAUGCCUGCAUCAUGUGAAGCGUUGUGAGGAAUGCAAUUGUGAUGAGAUAUAUCGGUAGCUAAGACAGGGCAAAAGUUAUUUGAGUAAGACGACACGUUGUAUCGUUCAUUUUUACAUGUAUAGUAUACCUCUACAGGCCGGACGCGAGAAGUUUACCCGAGUUCAAAUCUGUCCAAAUAUCCUGUGCCUAAUUGCUGUUCAAUGAGCUAUGGAUCGCUCUCCUAGCUCUUUUAGUUCGCGAGCUUUGCAGCUGAUAAAAAACGAGGCGAUGUCAAUACACGUAACGCUCUGCUAGCCAUCAACGCAGUCACCUUGAACUAUUCGUAAAGAAAUUCCGGUCUUGCACAGAGCCCUGAAUCACCACUGCGCGGUAGCGCGGUUGUAGAACAGUCGCGCAGUCUGCGGGCAGCAGAAAGUCCUGCGCCGCGGGCCGGACGUAGCGUGACGUGCCUCCCCUCGCGAGGUCGGCCCCCGAUCGCGGGCUGCCCGCGCCACCGCAGCAUUCUGACAGCUCGAGUCGAGAUGGAAGGACGUUCGGUCAUCGCGCUGCUGGCGUUUGCCACGCUGCUCGCCGAGCCCGCUCUAGGGUACUGCUCCUCGGCGGGCGGCGGCCAGUGUCCCAUAGAUCGUCUCGGUCCGCGGGUCCGCUGUGCCGGUAUCGACGAGAAGUGCUCGUCGAACGCCGACUGUCCGGCCGGCCAGGGCUGCUGCCGUCGGGUGUGCGCGCGCGCCUGUUUCCCCGUGUGCCAGCCGGCCUGUGCCGAUGGCGAGGAGUGUGAACUGCAGAAGGACGGGCUCAGCUCCGUCUGUACCGCGCUGCAGUGUCCGUUUGAUGACCUGGGGCCUAUCGUGCGCUGCCGCGGACCUCGGGUGGACUCCUGCUCCGGCAACUCCGUGUGCUCGGAGGGCCGGGCGUGCUGCUUCUACGGCUGCAACAAGAGCUGCCUGCCGGCCUGUAAGACGCCCUGUCCCGCCGGGCAGAGGUGCACCUAUAACCGUGAUCAACAGGUGUCCUCGUGUCAACCCUUCUGAACCGCUUGUUGAAAACAAGAAGAGAAGGCGGGCGAGAAGAUCGCCGUUUUUCGCUCCCAAUUGAUCAGUUCGUGUUAUGAUGACUGGACCCGGGUGAAUAAGAAACCGGUUGUGAUGUGUGGUCCGUGGCAGUUCUUUCUGUUACACCAUCUGUGUUAUAGGUACCUACCUAUCUACCAAAUGAAUAAUUGCAUUUUAUUUAUGCCUUCAUAUUCGGCUCAUGCGGGAAACUGCAAUCCCAGUAAACAUGACGACGUCGGCCCAACGUCGGUUUAACCUCGGCCCGACAUCGGCUGGACGUCGGAUAUGCCCGCAUGUUCCGACGUCCAGCCGAAGUCCAGCCGACGUCAAGCCGACGUCGGGCCGAGAUCGUUUGCCGAGGUUGACGAGAUCGUUUGUCGUUAGACCGACGGGGCCGACGUCGGCAUAUUUAUUGGGACAACGCGCCAAAAAUAUCAACCGGCGGCGGGAUUCGAGCCCCCCAGUCGCUGACGUCGGCAUGUUUACUGGGAAAACACGCCAAAAGCAUCGGCCGGCGAUGGGAUUCGAACCCCGUGUCAUACGAACGCGAGGUUAGUACGCUAACCAUUACACCACGCAGCCAGCUAACGAAUUUGGUUUGUUUUGUUGGGUUAUGCCCUUUCGGUCUGACAAGACCAUUUCAGAGCCGGAAGGAUCAUAGGAUGGAGACAUUGGUCUUCUUAGCGAGCACCCUGGGUCCAGUUCAUGUAGAGUCCCUGGUCCCAUUGCUGUUACGUGACACUUAUUGGAAAGGGCGACCCCACAAUGGAUUCAUAUAGCCACUCUUACACACCUUGACCUGCACCAACGUUUCCCAAAGUGUCCCUUUGAUAAGUGUCACUUAAGCAAAGUGACACUUGCCGAUUGGCCUUUCUAUAUGAACUGGGCCCGGCCCUGGUGAGUUGCCGGGGCUGAGCCUGACCAAAGGAUAGGCCGAGCAGCACCCAAGCACUCACCGCACCCGGCUACGGGCGAGCUCGGCUUACGGGCAAUCCCAAAUGGGAUAAAGUUUCCCGUCCAGUCCGGAUCAGGGGGUGGCGGCGUGGAGGAAGAUUUGAGUUUCCUGAGGCAUAGACCUCUGUACACGGUGUACAGAGGUCUAUGCCUAAGGAUAUUUUGAAUACAGAAGCUCUUUAUGAAACAUGAAACAUGUAUUUUAUAUUAUUUUAACGGUCAAAACAGCGGCCGGUGUCGGUCCGACGUCGCCCCGACGUCGGCUGGACCUCAGCAAUUGAUCUCGGUCCGACGUCGGCCCGACGUCGGCUGGACCUCGGCUGGACGUCGGAACAUGCGGGCAUAUCCGACAUCCAGCCGACGUCGUGCCGUGGUUGGACCGACGUCGGGCCGACGUCGGCAUGCCGAUGCCGAGUUGCCGACGUCACCCCGACGUCGGCCGACGUCGGGCCGACGUCGGCAUGUUUACUGGGAUUUUAAUAGAAUGUCAGGAUUUGUCUUUGUCCCAUGGAAGACUGGGGCAGGUUCUCCUCCGCAGUCAAUAAAUUUGAAUCAACAGCCCUA